CAGCCGCUGCCGUUCUGGUGAGGCGUUUAUCCAGUGUAGAUCCAUUCAGAAGGUCUUUGGCCGUUGGAGGCACGGGAGCUGUGUCUGGGAAUACAGAAUCCAGAUCAGUGCGAGUGCCAGUGAGCGGACGGAGUGAAGCCCAUCGCCUAGCAGAAGAAAAUGAGCGAACUCGACCAGUUACGUCAGGAGGCUGAACAGCUGAAAAACCAGAUCAGAGAUGCACGGAAAGCAUGUGCGGAUGCCACCCUCUCUCAGAUCACAGCCAAUAUUGAGCCUGUGGGGCGGAUUCAGAUGCGCACUAGACGGACACUGAGGGGACACUUGGCGAAGAUCUACGCCAUGCACUGGGGCACUGACUCAAGGCUUCUUGUAAGUGCUUCCCAGGAUGGAAAACUAAUUAUCUGGGACAGCUAUACUACAAACAAGGUAAAUGUGAAAGCCAAAUACAUUUGUGAACUGAUGAUUAGAUGUAGUGACUCGACAUGUUAAAUAACAUUUUUUUUUUUUUGUCCUGAAGAAUCAAUCGUUGCAGUGUUAGGCUGCUGUCUUCACACAGGCUAUCUGUCCUGCUGCCGCUUCGUGGACGAUAACCAGAUUGUCACCAGCUCAGGCGACACUUCCUGUGCUCUUUGGGAUAUCGAGACGGGGCAGCAGACCACCACAUUCGCAGGUCACACAGGUGAUGUAAUGUCACUGUCUCUGGCCCCAGAUACUCGUCUGUUCGUGUCGGGCGCCUGUGACGCCUCUGCUAAGCUGUGGGACGUCAGAGAGGGCAUGUGCAGGCAAACUUUCACCGGCCACGAGUCCGACAUCAACGCCAUCUGUUUCUUCCCCAAUGGAAACGCGUUCGCCACUGGCUCGGACGACGCCACCUGCAGGCUGUUUGACCUGCGUGCCGAUCAGGAGCUGAUGGUUUAUUCUCACGACAACAUCAUCUGUGGGAUCACCUCCGUGGCCUUUUCCAAAAGCGGACGCCUGCUGCUCGCCGGCUACGACGAUUUCAACUGCAACGUGUGGGAUGCUCUUAAAGCCGACCGUGCAGGAGUUUUGGCGGGUCACGAUAACCGCGUCAGCUGCUUGGGUGUAACUGAUGACGGGAUGGCUGUGGCUACAGGCUCCUGGGAUAGUUUCCUUAAGAUCUGGAAUUAAAGCCGUAAGAUCGCAUCCGGACUCUAAGGUUGACUGGAAGACCAUUCCAAAAUGAAAACGUUUUGAUUUUAUUCCCCUCUCUCCUUCUCAAACACAACAGAACUGACCCCAACAUCUAUAAACGACAAAAGAUCAAAAUUUCUUCUUUGGGGAAAAAAAAAAAAGAGCACAAUUGUUACACUCGGCUAGACUGUAGUUGGUAAGUGGAUAAAAGUUGAUAAUUGUGCAUCCUUCUGGGACCAUUUUCUGAUACUGUAUUGAGAGAACACGAGACACUCAUUCCACUGCUAUUGUCAUCAUGCUAACAUCUAUCUUUAACAUGAAAACAGGCGUUUUUUCUAAAAGAAACUAGCUCGAUAGCUUUAUGGGCCUUUUUUGGACCUCUCCCCAGUCAGGAUCGCAGGCGUGCUUUUGUCUCCUAGUUUUUAAAUGUUUCGGGAUCAAAUUUAUAGUUAAGAAUUAAAACAAGCGUGACGUUCUCCAAGUCGUCAUGUCACAGAGCUUCUUUACGUCAGUAAACGGUAAAGGAUUUGAUCAGGGGUCCACUAGCUGCUAUCAAGCCUGUAUAUUUAGUCCCAGGAAAUUUGAUUAUUAAUGUUCUUUUUUUUUUUUUUGUCUAGUUGCGAAUUUUUGUUUGCACAAGUACUACAGUUUUGCAGAUACGCUAACUAACCAAGCACGUGCUAUUCAUGAUGACGAAUGCUUGAUUUACGAAGACGAAACCAUGUCAAUUUUAACCAUACGUCUCCUCAUGCUUUUUUGGAAAAUGUAGAGUAAUUCAAUGAAGAUUAACCAAUCAUUUUAAUAAUUUUAUUUUAUAUUUUUCUUAUCUUUGAUGUGGAGGAUGUUGAAGGAGGGGUGGGCAGUUCUUCAUUUUUUUGGUUUCAGCAGAGGUGCCCGUUUUGUGCUUGGAAAACAGUUACUACUCUGUGAAUGACAUGUUGUAUAAAUCAAUGUUUGAAAAUAAUGAUAUUGAAAACUUUUUAAGUUAAAAAAAUAAAAAUAAAUUUUUUUUUUUUAAUAAACAUAUUUUGGUUGUCUGCCAUGGGUGGGAAACUCGUAGAAUCGCAUGCUGUAGAAUUGCUUAAAAGAGGUGCAUAUGGAACUAAAUCCUUGAUGUUUUUCUUUUUCUUUUUUUUUAAUAACCUGUUAAAUAGAUCAUCACAGUAUUUAUUUUCUUUUUUUUUCUUUUGCUACUCUGUGCAUACACAAUUAAGUUUAACUUUCAAAGCUAUGCACUUAAGAGAAGCAAACAUGUUGAUCACAACAGCGAAUGGUGAGUUGUUCUGUCCCUGGAGAGUUUGUGAAUCCCACACACACACACACACACACACACACUGACCCUGUACAAACACACACACUCAAAUAACUAGAACAAAGAAAUCUCUCUCUGUAGCAAAAGACAAAUUUCAGAUACAAAGACAGUGCUAGAGACAUUUUGUAACAAACAGGUUCUUUUUGUUCUUUAAUAAAAAAAAUUACGCAGCAUUUGAAUGGCAGAAAUUUCUGUUAUUCUCUCUUGACAUGUAUCAAGAAAAGCGCUCUUUCCUUAGCUGUAGUGGCAUUUCUUCCAUUCUGUUAUUUCUCUGCAACAUUCUGUACAAAAAAAA